GUGCAUCCAAGCAGAAGUCAAGUUCCCUGCAGGUAGCAGAUAAGGACCUACUGCCACCUUUUCACCCAUACCAGCCUUUGGAGUGCAUAGUAGAAGAGACCGAAGGCAAGCUGAAUGAACUUGGACAGAGAAUUAGUGCCAUUGAAAAAGCACAACUUAAAUCAUUGGAAUUAAUUCAAGGUGAACCUUUAAAUAAAGAUAAGAUCGAAGAGCUUAAAAAGAACCGAGAAGAACAAGUCCAGAAGAAGAAGAAGAUCUUGAAGGAGCUGCAGAAGGUGGAAAGGCAGUUGCAGAUGAAAACCCAGCAGCAGUUUACCAAAGAAUAUCUGGAGACCAAAGGUCAGACAGAGCCACCACUGCCCCUGCAGCAGCAGUGCCCGCUCACAGGGGUCUUCCCAGAAGCGGAAGCCGCUAAGGGUCUGCCGGAGGAUAACUUUUCAGGGUUACCUCAGGCUGACAGCAUCUUGUCUAAAGAUGACGAGCAGCACCAUUUUUUUAUAGAGUUUGUCCCUAUCCAGCCUUUGCCAGCACCGCCAUGUAAUUUCUCUGGUAAUUUAGGUUAUAACGGGACAGAGGCUCUUGAACUUCAGAAAGCAUUAGGGAAUCAGCAGAAUGUAGGACAGCAGCAGCAGAUUGCUGGGCAGGGGCUCUUAGUUCAAGAACCAGACGGAUUAAUGGUUGCCACUCCAGCACAGACGCUUACCGACACUCUUGAUGACCUAAUAGCAGCUGUGAACAGCAGAGUGCCCAGCGGCUCCGCCAGCUCCUCGCACGCCACCGAGUCCCCCACGCCCGAGCCUUGUUCGCAGGCGCCCAGCAACGUGCCCUCGCAGUCGGUGCUCCCCAUGUACCCUUCGGUCGACAUCGAUGCGCACACUGAAAGUAAUCACGACACUGCUCUGACCCUUGCGUGUGCGGGAGGGCACGAGGAACUUGUAUCCGUACUGAUAGCGCGUGGUGCCAACAUCGAACACAGAGACAAGAAGGGUUUUACGCCUUUGAUUCUGGCUGCGACUGCUGGACAUGUUGGUGUAGUGGAAAUCCUUCUGGACAAAGGGGGGGACAUAGAGGCACAGUCCGAGCGCACAAAGGAUACUCCGCUUUCGUUGGCGUGCUCCGGUGGGCGCCAAGAGGUUGUCGAUUUGCUGUUGGCCCGAGGAGCAAAUAAAGAACAUAGGAAUGUGUCUGACUAUACGCCGUUAAGCCUUGCUGCGUCUGGUGGCUAUGUUAACAUCAUCAAGAUUCUUCUCAAUGCUGGGGCAGAAAUUAAUUCCAGGCCCGUCCCCGCCGUGAAGCUGUUGCUCGAUAUGGGGUCUGAUAUUAACGCCCAAAUUGAGACCAACCGGAACACAGCCCUCACCCUGGCCUGCUUCCAGGGCCGAGCAGAGGUGGUCAGUCUGCUUCUGGACAGGAAGGCCAACGUCGAGCACAGGGCGAAGACUGGUCUCACGCCUCUGAUGGAAGCAGCUUCAGGAGGAUACGCAGAGGUUGGAAGGGUCCUUCUUGAUAAAGGAGCAGAUGUUAAUGCUCCACCUGUGCCUUCCUCAAGAGAUACAGCUUUAACAAUCGCAGCGGACAAGGGUCACUACAAGUUCUGUGAGCUCCUGAUUAAUCGAGGAGCACAUAUUGAUGUUCGUAACAAGAAAGGAAACACGCCUCUGUGGUUGGCAGCUAAUGGUGGUCACUACGACGUGGUUCAGUUGCUCGUGCAAGCGGGAGCAGAUGUGGAUGCUGCAGAUAAUCGCAAAAUUACACCUCUUAUGUCAGCGUUUCGCAAGGGGCACGUGAAAGUAGUUCAGUUCCUGGUGAAAGAAGUUAACCAGUUUCCUUCGGACAUUGAGUGCAUGCGAUACAUAGCGACGAUAACUGACAAGGACCUGUUGAAAAAGUGUCACCAGUGUGUGGAGACAAUUGUGAAAGCUAAAGACCAGCAGGCUGCAGAAGCAAACAAGAACGCGACCAUACUGCUGAAGGAGCUAGACCUGGAAAAAUCAAGAGAGGAGAGCAGAAAACAAGCUCUUGCGGCUAAAAGGGAGAAAAGAAAGGAAAAGAGAAAGAAGAAGAAAGAGGAACAGAAAAGAAAGCAGGAAGAAGAUGAAGAAAACAAGCCUAAGGAAACGCUGGAACUGCAGGAAGAUGAUGAUGAAGAAGAAAACGAUGAUGAAGUGGAGCAAGAAGUUCCUAUAGAGCCUCCUAGCGCAACUACUACAACUACGAUUGGGAUUUCUGCGACUUCGACGACUUUCACAAAUGCCUUUGGGAAGAAGAGAGCUAAUGUGGUGACUACCCCCAGCACAAAUAGGAAAAACAAGAAAAAUAAAACAAAAGAGACUCCUCAGAAUAUGCAGAUAAUUUUGCCAGAUCAGCAUAUAUCUCUAGCACAGCAAAAAGCAGAUAAAAAUAAAAUCAACGGAGAGCCAAGAGGAGGUGGUGGCGCAAGCGGGAACAGCGACUCGGAUAACCUGGACAGCACAGAUUGCAACAGCGAAAGUAGCAGUGGAGGUAAAAGCCAAGAGCUAAACUUCACGAUGGAUACCAAUUCCUCUGAGCGGCGCUACGCCUCCCUGCUCAUCCCUUCUCAGGAAGAAAAAACGAGCACCUCGGCUUCAAAACCACCAACGAGACUUGACGGUGAAGGUCAUUCGAAUUCCUUGUCCACUACUUACAAGCCCGUUUCCCUGCCUCUGUCCUCUCCAAACGUGAAGCUGAAUCUGACUAGUCCAAAAAGAGGCCAGAAAAGAGAAGAAGGCUGGAAAGAAGUGGUCAGAAGGUCAAAGAAAUUAUCUGUCCCAGCUUCUGUCGUGUCCCGAAUAAUGGGAAGAGGUGGGUGCAACAUCACAGCAAUUCAAGAUGUCACUGGUGCCCACAUUGACGUCGAUAAGCAGAAAGAUAAGAAUGGAGAGAGGAUGAUCACUAUAAGGGGCGGUACGGAGUCGACGCGAUACGCAGUGCAACUCAUCAAUGCCCUUAUUCAAGAUCCUGCCAAGGAACUGGAAGACUUGAUUCCUAAAACUCACAUCAGAACACCUGCGUCGAGUACCAAAUCGAUCCACGCAAACUUCUCAUCUGGGGUCAGCACUGCGACUGCUUCGAACAAGAACUCCUUCCCUCUGGGAGCGCCGCCCCUCGUCACCUCGCAGUCAUCAACACUAUCUACUUUCCAGCCUACCAACAAACUGAACAAGAAUGUCCCGGCGAACGUGCGCUCAUCCUUCCCGGUGUCUCUUCCUCUUGCUUAUUCACACCCUCAUUUUGCCUUGCUGGCUGCCCAAACUAUGCAACAGAUCCGGCACCCUCGCUUACCGAUGGCCCAAUUUGGAGGAACUUUUUCACCUUCGCCGAACACUUGGGGACCAUUCCCAGUGAGACCAGUUAACCCUGGCAGCACAAACAGCUCUCCAAAGCAUAAUAGUUCGAGUCGCGUAGGUAAUCAGAAUGGGAAUAUUUUACAGACGGAGUCUCCUGGAUUAGCUACUUCCACUUGUCCCAUUACUGUCUCUUCUGUAGCUGCUUCCACCCAACCGCUGUGUGUAACCAGCAAUCGGACUCCCUCCUCGGUCAGAAAGCAGCUGUUUGCCUGCGUUCCCAAGACGAGCGCCGCGGCCACCGCGAUCUCGACGGUGACGAGCACCUGCGGCACUCAGCCUUCAGCUUCCUCCGCCCCCGCAAACAACGGGCAAGUGCCCACGGCGUUUCUGCCGUCGAACGCUCCGCAGACGCAGCAUCCUGCGCUUAAAGCGGACUCUUUCUCGGCGGUCUCAGCACCCAAAGAGAAGGUGCCAACACCGGAGCAGCCUGCCGCGAACGCGUCUGCGCCCACUUCGGCUGCGAGUAGUUGCAGCGUGCCAGCUAGCAGCAAUUCGGGAGCCACCGAAACUCGUCCGUCGAGCAGCCCUGCGCCUCCAAGUAAUGCCCAAGAUGAAAUACUGCCAACCAGCAUGUCAGAGAUCAAUCCUCCUAUGUCGAUGCCUUUUUCAUCCAGCUCAGAAACUGCUCCGUUAAGCUUAGCGUCGCCCAGGUCGGUCGUUGCAGAUAAUCAGGACAACAGUAACUUACCUCAAGUAGCUGUACCAGCACCUCGAGUUACUCAUAGGAUGCAGUCCAGAGGUUCUUUCUAUUCAGUGGUACCAAAUGCAAACCUCCAUCAAGAUCCUCAGUCUAUUUUUGUUACGAAUCAAGUUCCUUUAACACCUUCUCAAGGUCCACCUGCUGCAGUGCAGCUUUCGUCAGCCAUGAACGUUAUGAACGGUUCUCAGAUGCACAUUAACCCAGCAAACAAAUCAUUGCCUCCCACCUUCGGGCCAGCAACGCUCUUCAAUCACUUUAGUAGUCUUUUUGAUAGCAACCAGGUGCCAGCCAACCAAGGAUGGGGAGACUGUCCCCUCUCUACCCGAGCAGCAGCUGACCCGUCGUUCACUGUUCAGUCUACCUUUCUGAAUAACUCUGUGCUGGGACACGUGGAAAACGUGCAUCCUGACAACUCCAAGGCUCCUGGUUUCAGGCCACCUUCCCAACGGGUCUCGACCAGUCCUGUAGGCUUACCCUCUCUAGAUCCAUCCAACAGCUCUACAACUUCUUCUUCAGGUCCUUUGACAGGCUUUUCAGCAAACAUACAAGGAGCACGGGUUUACCUUCAAGGGCCAGCGCCUGUUGGGACUCCCAGCUUUAACAGACAGCAUUUUUCACCACAUCCUUGGACAAGCGCAACAAAUUCAUCUGCUUCUGCACCUUCUAACUUGGGCCAGCCAAAAACGGGUAACGCCAAUCCAGAUCGCAAGGUUCCCCCUCCCAUCGGGACAGAGAGGCUCGCUCGAAUUCGGCAGGGGGGCUCCGUCACUCCCACGCCCCUGGGAACCAACUUCACAGCUCCCGUGGGUCACAGCGGCAUUUGGUCCUUCGGAGUUAACAGUGUGUCUGAAGGCCUGUCUGGUUGGUCUCAGCCUGUCAUAGGAAAUCAUCCGAUGCAUCAGCAGCUGUCGGACCCGGGCACGUUCUCUCAGCAUCAGCCAAUGGAGAGAGAUGAUUCUGGAAUAGUGGCUCCCUCGAAUAUUUUCCACCAACCUAUGCCAAAUAGUUUUGUGGAUUUUUCUAAAGGCCUACCAAUUUCCAUGUACGGCGGCACCCUGAUACCCUCGCACCCGCAGCUGGCGGACGGCCCAGGAGGCCCCCUCUUUAACGGGCUCCAUACUCCAGACCCCGCCUGGAACCCCAUGAUCAAAGUUGUCCAGAACUCGGCAGAAUGUACGGAUGCUCAGCAGAUUUGGCCUGGCACCUGGGCACCUCACAUUGGAAACAUGCAUCUCAAGUACGUCAACUGA